GUUUGGCCUACGUUUUCAUUCACUUAUUGUGUAGGUAGUUGUGAGUACACUGCAACUUAGGUCUCCAAGAACCAUGGGUGAAACAGAAGCCUUAGAUCCCGCACAGGAGUUGGAGCUGCAGUUCAUGGCUCGACAGAAACCGAUGCAUGAAGCGACUGCUCGAGGAAAUUCAGCCAUACAGCAGUUCUAUAAUGGCCAGAAUGUGUUCGUGACUGGAGGCACUGGUUUCUUGGGAAAGCAGCUCAUUGAGAAGCUCUUCAGAGCAACGAAUGUAUCAAAAGUCUUCGUUUUAUUAAGACCGAAGAAGGGAAAGGCCAUUGAACUGAGAACGAAUGAAUUACUACAGGAUCCUGUUUUCGACUGGGUCAAAGAGCAUCGACCUAAAGUAUUGAAGAAGAUCGUACCAGUAGCUGGUGAUGUCGCUGAAAUCAAGCUCGGCAUAAGCGACAAGGAUUGGAAGACGCUUACAGAAGAGGUGAACAUAAUAUUCCACAUGGCAGCCACGACUAGGUUUGAUGAGACGCUUCGUGUAGCUACAAUGAUCAACGUACGAGGUGCGAAGGAAGCUCUCGUUCUUGGCAAGGCUUGCAAACAAUUGAAGUCCUACGUCCACGUGUCCACAGCAUACUCCUACGCCUGCGACAACCUCAUCGAUACAGAGGUCUUGGAAGAUUUUUACAAAUCACCAAUCGAUCCUGAUACUCUGAUCAAAAUGACUGAGACCGUUGAUGAAGAUAGAUUGAACAGUAUUACUCCUAGGCUUAAUUCAUUCUUUAUAAGUGCUGUGAAGGAGCCAAGUCCGGGCUGGUUGGACAUGUCCAAUGUUUACGGAGCUAGCGGUAUUAUAUUAGGUCCAGGUAUAGGCCUAAUGCACUCGUUCAUGGCUCGAGAUGACAUCCACAUCGGCUUGGUCCCAGUAGACUACGUCAACAACGCCAUCCUGGCCGCCGCCUGGGAGACUGCCAGGCGGGUGGCUGCAGGACACACGACGCCCAAGAUAUACUCCGUCACUGCUUCCACGAGGAAUCCUACAGAAUGGGGCUACUUAGUACAUGUGAUGACAAAAGAAAUUAGGAAAGACUACUCUACGCCUGCAGCAGUAGGGUGGGGUUUCGUUUGGCAGACGCAAUAUCCAUUGGUAUUCCUUAUCUAUUCAUGGAUUUUACACCUGAUACCUGGACAUAUAAUUGAUGGAAUAUGCGCAUUACUUGGCAAGGAAAGAAGGUUCGUGAAAAUAUAUAAAAAGAUGUACAACAUGUGUUCAGCGCUAUCCUAUUUUACCACAAACCAGUGGAGAUUCGUAGAUGACAACACUGCUUCGUUAUAUAACAGUCUAUCGCCCAUAGACAAAGAAAUUUUUGACUUUGACAUUUGUAAAAUAAAUUGGCGGGAAUACAUGUACAUUUGGUCUAUAGGGUUACGAAAAUUUAUAAUCAAAGAUGGUUUGAAAGGCACAGUUUAUGCUAGAAAAAAACAGAUUGUUUUUAAAAUAUUAACUUUUAUAAUUAUGCCUCUGUAUCUAUUCGCUUUGUAUAAAGUUUUUAGCUUUUUCGUUGUAAAUUUGUUUUACUUUUUAGGUUAUGUUUUGCAUGCAUUAGGUUUGUAA